AUGCCUCGGGGCCGCCGACGUGGAGCUGCGCUCCUCCUGCCCAUGUGUGAGGAAAAGGAAUCGUCUACCUUUUCCCUCGCUCUGGCGGCGGUGGUUGCCCCGAACCUGCCUGCUUCUCCGUGUUGCUUUGUUCCGGUUGAGCAGGCAAGCCCGCCAGCGAUGUGCAAUUUGUUGCGCGGCACCUAUUGGCAUCCAGCUGCACGCCGCGCGCCGACGCAGCACCGCGGCAGCGUUGCGUUCUUGUUCCUGGCUCGCGCCCUCGUGGGCGAGCGCAAGCGGCACGUGCCAGGAUGCCCUUCGGGAGGCUGA